CUUUUUUGGAACAUUGUCACAAUGGCCUCCAACAAGCGUUGAAGCAAGCAGUCCCUGGCAGUCCCAAGCCCGUAUCGAUGGGGUUCCAAGGCGGUCCAAGGCAGUCCAAGGCAGUCCAAGGCCACACCCCCCAGCACCCCAGGUGUGCUGACGAAGCGCCGUGAUUCGAGUGAUCGCGUGCAAUGGCGAGAAGAUGGGUCGGGCUUGAUUGUCGGUGGCUAGCGCCAUGCGGCAAUAGCGACGAGAUGCAGGGUGAUGGAUACGGCAUGGAUACCACCCAAGGCGGUCUUGGGUCGACAAGGGGCCUUUUGUGGCCUUGGGACGCUGGGCCGAUCCACUAAUGGAGAAAGCUCCCCAAUUUCUACGGUAUAUAACAGACGAUCGCUCGCGAAGCGACUCCAUUUCCCCUUUUCCUCCCUCACCCACAUCCACGCUCACUCCACACAUCUUGGCUUUUCAGUCAGUUCCAUUCGUUUUAAUAUCUCAGCUGCCGACGUUCGCCGUCCUCAACUUUUCUUACCCCCAACGACGAAUACACAACUCCUUCUCUGAGCACAUAAUCCUCACCAACAAAUCAGCCAAAAUGAAGUUCUCUGCUGCCGCCGUCCUUGCCGCUGCCGCUGGCGCCCACGCCUGGAGCAACGUGACCUACACCACCGAGAUUGUCACUGCCGUCACCACCUACUGCCCUGGCCCCACUGAGAUCACCCAUGGCGGCAACACUUACACCGUCACCGAGGCCACCACCUUGACCAUCUCUGACUGCCCUUGCACUGUCACCAAGCCCAUCAUCACCACCUCGUCAGUGAUCUGCCACAGCUGCACCGGCUACGUCAACUCUACCAUCCCUGCCCCCACCUCGGCCGGCUCCGUUGGCACUGGCAGCGCCCCCGCUGUCGUCACUCCCACCGUCAGCCCCUCCGAGGUCCCCACCGCCGGUGCUGGCAAGGCUGCUGCCCUCUCUGGCGCCGGUCUCGUUGGUGUUCUCGGUCUCGCUGCCAUCCUCCUCUAAUUUCCUGUCCAUGCGUGACAGCCAAGCGUUUCGACUUCCAUGUCUCAUGAUCCCUCGAUUCUCUUGAUCGGUAAUAGUUAAUACUGCCCCGUCAACUACCAUGUUUCGGCAUGACGUUGCGGCGCCAAGGGGGUUGCGCUUGGAGAACUCAAAUGGCUGUGGAGUUGGAUGUAUUAUGGAUGUGGAUUUAGAGAAGGGAGGAGAAAUUUAUUUAAAGGAUACCCAGGGCUAAUGAUAACGGGGAACGCAGAGUCCCAAUUUUGUUUGGAUUCUGUGUUUGUAUGAACUUCUUAAGACUUUUUGUUUUUUUGGGAAAGCAUCGGGAUUUGCACACACUUUCAACCUUUCUACCACCACCAUUUUUGCAUUACCUGAUAGAUGGCCUGGUUCGCGGUGUUGUUUCUCAUGUAUCCCUUUACAAAGUCUUGACGACGGCUCACAUACACCCUUCUUACCCUUGGUGGAAUUGUGUUCCAAUAGGGAGUUCAGUGGGCUCUCUCUGAUUGCAAACAAUACUAACACUCUUCCAUUCCGAGCGAACUUGUUUGGCAUGACAUGAUUACUGCCUGGACCAAUGUAAAACUCUUGAAAGCUAUGAGACCAGCGGGCGAGCUAACCUCGCUGGGAAAGACGACGACGACGGAGCAGAAGCGUGCCGGUGGUCAGCAUGCAGCUAGUAGAGCUAAUGGGAAUAGUGUAGAGGAUCACGUUAGUGGAACCGGGCAGCUGUUAUCGCAAUGACCUCUCUGGGCGACUGUCCGACCGCCUUUCUGCACCCUUUGCCUUCUUUUUCCCCUCAACGAUCAUUCGGGAAUUGCUCCGGCCGAGAAUGGUCUUUUAGCAGCUAAGGAGCCGACAGUUUACCAGAAACUGAUCAUGCAAUCAAUGACUUUUACAAACACUGUCAACAUCACAAGGUUACAUUCAUUUCGUCACCAUUUACGCGCUCAUUGAAAUUCAAUUCAUAUCACAACG